AUGGCGGGUGCUAUGGAAAACGCGCGCAAGGAGAUCCAACGUGUCUCCUUGGAGGACCACGCUGAGUCAGAGUACGGGUCCAUUUACUCGGUUUCUGGCCCAGUGGUGGUGGCAGAAAACAUGAUUGGUUGUGCCAUGUACGAGCUGGUCAGAGUUGGCCACGACAAUCUGGUCGGUGAGGUUAUCCGUAUCGAGGCCGACAAGGCCACGAUCCAGGUGUACGAAGAAACUGCCGGUGUCACCGUCGGUGACCCUGUCCUGCGUACCGGUAAGCCAUUGUCCGUAGAAUUGGGACCUGGUCUUAUGGAAACCAUUUACGAUGGUAUUCAGAGACCUUUGAAGGCCAUCAGGGACAAAUCCCAAUCCAUCUACAUCCCAAGAGGUGUCAACGCCCCAGCGCUAUCGCGUGAAAUCAAAUGGCAGUUUAAGCCCUCAAAAGACAAGAAAGUUGGCGACCACAUCACAGGUGGUGACAUUUUCGGUUCGAUCUUUGAGAACUCUUUGCUCGAAGACCACAAGAUUUUGUUGCCCCCAAGAGCUAGAGGUACCAUUACCUGGAUCGCCUCUGCUGGCGACUACACCGUUGACGAAAAAGUUUUGGAAGUCGAAUUCGAUGGCGUCAAGUAUGACUACAGCAUGUACCACACCUGGCCCGUGCGUGUCCCACGUCCCGUUACCGAAAAGCUAUCUGCGGACUACCCACUUUUGACUGGUCAAAGAGUUUUGGAUGCACUUUUCCCUUGUGUUCAAGGUGGUACUACUUGUAUUCCUGGUGCUUUCGGUUGUGGUAAGACUGUCAUCUCGCAAUCUUUGUCUAAGUACUCCAACUCUGACUGUAUCAUUUACGUCGGGUGUGGUGAACGUGGUAACGAAAUGGCAGAAGUUUUGAUGGAAUUCCCCGAACUGUUCACCGAGAGAAACGGUAAGAAGGAACCUAUUAUGAAGCGUACAACCUUGGUUGCCAACACCUCUAACAUGCCUGUCGCAGCCAGAGAAGCUUCUAUCUACACUGGUAUUACGUUAGCAGAGUACUUCAGAGAUCAAGGUAAGGACGUCUCAAUGAUUGCUGAUUCUUCCUCCAGAUGGGCAGAAGCUUUGAGAGAAAUUUCAGGUCGUCUGGGUGAGAUGCCUGCUGAUCAAGGUUUCCCUGCCUACCUGGGUGCUAAGUUGGCCUCCUUUUAUGAAAGAGCUGGUAAAGCUGUGGCUCUAGGUUCUCCCGAUCGUAUUGGGUCUGUGUCUAUUGUUGCCGCUGUGUCCCCUGCAGGUGGUGAUUUCUCCGACCCCGUGACAACAUCGACUUUGGGUAUUACCCAAGUGUUUUGGGGUCUGGACAAGAAAUUGGCUCAAAGAAAGCAUUUCCCUUCCAUCAACACUUCUGUCUCCUACUCCAAGUACACCAACGUCUUGAACAACUAUUACGAUGACAACUAUCCAGAAUUCCCUCAAUUGAGAAAUCGUAUUCGUGAAAUUUUGUCGAAUGCUGAAGAAUUGGAACAAGUCGUUCAAUUGGUCGGUAAGUCUGCGUUAUCUGACAGUGACAAGAUUACUUUGGAUGUUGCUUCUUUGAUCAAGGAAGAUUUCUUGCAACAAAAUGGUUAUUCUUCUUAUGAUGCGUUCUGUCCAAUCUGGAAAACAUUUGAUAUGAUGAAGGCGUUUGUUUCUUAUUACGAAGAGGCUCAAAAGAGUGUCUCUAACGGUGCCAACUGGUCGAAAUUGGCUGAAGCUACCGGUGAUGUGAAGCACGCUGUCUCAUCCUCCAAGUUUUUUGAACCUAGCAGAGGCGAAAAAGAAGUACAUGGUGAAUUUGAAAAAUUGUUCACCAACAUUCAAGAAAGAUUCGCCGAGUCCAGCGAUUGA